AUGGCACUGUCAGUAGACUCUGCUUGGUAUCGCUGGAAGCCUCAGCGCUGGUGGUCAGUAGAAGAAAAAAUCCAGACUCAGCUAGAAUCAACACCUUUGUUGUCAUCUGGGAAAGAGAGUCAGAAAUACAACCUCAACAAAUGGAGGGUUGUAUUUCCCAGUAAUGAGAGAUUUCAGAAGGAGUCAGAGAAAGUCUCCCAAAUUUAUUCUGGAAAUUGGAUACAGACCACAAAGUACACUUUGCUGACCUUUUUACCCCGAAAUCUCUUUGAACAGUUUUACAGAUUGGCCAACGUCUAUUUCCUGUUUUUGGUUAUCAUCAACUGGUUCCCACAGUUGGAAGUCUUCCAUAAGGAGAUCACAAUGUUACCUCUGGCUGUUGUACUUUUAAUUAUUGCAGUUAAGGAUGGCAUUGAAGAUUAUAAGCGAUAUAGAUAUGAUCAGCAGAUCAACUCUUUUAAAGCCAAAACAUACAGUGUAAGCAAAAACACCUACACAGAGAAGUGCUGGAAAGAUGUGCGAGUAGGAGACUUUGUGCAGCUGCAGUGUAAUGAAAUCAUCCCUGCCGACAUCCUGCUGCUCUAUUCCUCUGAUCGGAAUGGGAUCUGUCACUUAGAGACAGCCAAUCUUGAUGGUGAGACCAAUCUGAAACAAAGACAAGUUGUGAAAGGAUUCUCCAAGCAGAACACUGAAUUUAAGCCAGAAUGUUUCCAAAAUAUAAUUGUUUGUGAAAAGCCCAACAAUGACCUCACUAGAUUUAAAGGUUAUAUGGAGCAGGCUGAUCUCACACGGAUUGGUUUUGACAUUGAAAGUCUUCUUCUUCGUGGAUGUACAAUAAGGAACACCAAAGUUGCAGUAGGAAUUGUUAUCUAUGCAGGCCAUGAAACCAAAGCCAUGUUGAAUAACAGAGGGCCUCGUUAUAAACGCAGCAAAAUAGAGCAACGCAUGAAUUUGGAUAUAUUCUUUUGUGUGGGACUGCUCUUCCUCAUGUGCCUCAUUGGAGCACUAGGUCAUGGCAUUUGGAAUGGGAAUUUUACAGAACACCCCUUGUAUGUUAUCCCAGAUGUACAAGGCAAUUAUCUUUCUCCAGCUCUUGCAGGUUUCUACAUGUUCCUGACAAUGAUCAUCCUUUUGCAGGUUUUAAUCCCUCUUUCGCUCUAUAUAUCCAUCGAGCUGGUCAAGUUGGGCCAAGUCUUCUUCAUUCACAGUGAUAUUGACUUGUAUGAUGAAGAGGAAGACAUGACCAUCCAGUGCCGAGCACUAAAUAUCACUGAAGAUCUGGGACAAAUCCAGUACAUAUUCUCUGACAAAACAGGGACACUAACAGAAAAUAAGAUGGUUUUUCGACGAUGUUCAAUUAAUGGGAAAGAAUUUUCACAUAAGGAAAAUGCCAAGCGACUGGAAACCUUCAAUGAAGUAGAUUCAGACAAUGAAGAAUGGGCAAAAUAUCUGAGUCUCCCUUCAAACAAAGGUGCAGAAAAAGUCACAACAUGGACAAAUGCAUCCAAGCCCUUGAGGAGGUGCCAAAGUGCUCGGGCUCAUUUUCAAGGGCAUACAAGAAACAGAUCUCUGGGAGCCUGGGGAAACUGUCAUUCUCAGGUGGCAUUCAGCAGUAGCAUUGAAAAGGACGUGAUCCCAGAUAAUAGGCUAUUAAUGAAAGUUAGAAACGCAUCAUGCCAACUAGAGUCAUUGACACCCUUUAUGUCUGCAAAAUCUGCUUCUUCAGUCACAGACUUUUUUCUUGCUCUGACCCUCUGCAACACUGUUGUGGUCUCCACUGCAACUGACCCAAGACAAAGGGUUACGGAUCCCUCAUUGAUGAAACCCUCGGGACUCUCCCUGGAGAGGAUUCAACACUUGUUCCAACGGCUAAAGCUGGCAAGCCUCAGCCAGUCUCUCCAAUCAACUCGGUCAAGUUCAAACUUAGGAGAGAGUUUUAACACAGAAAGUACUAGAGUAUGUGCUGAUUCUGAAAGAAAAGAUAAUUUUUCAACUCAGAGCUGCUCUACUUUAACAGAUGAUGACAGUUUUAGAAGGGAUUCAGCCAUUGAGAAUGAUUCCCUUGAGGAUUUGGACCCUUCUCUGAUGGAUGUCUGUGGUGGUCCAUUUAGUCAAGAUGUUCUGCAGCCUGACUUCUGUUAUGAAGCUGAAAGCCCAGAUGAAGCAGCUCUUGUCCAUGCAGCCCAUGCUUAUGGAUUUACGUUAGUAUCUCGGACUACUGAACAAGUGACUGUCAGGCUGCCAGAAGGUACCCUCCUGACCUUUGACCUCUUAUUUACUUUGGGAUUUGACUCCAACAGGAAGAGAAUGUCAGUGGUGGUGAGGCAUCCCAUUACCAAUGAGUUCAUUCUCUAUACCAAGGGAGCUGAUUCUGUCAUCAUGGACUUACUGAAAGACCUGCCCAAAGCUAAUAUGCCUGAUGAAAAGAGUAUGAGAAAAAUAAGAAAUCAGACACAAAAGCAUUUAGAUUUGUAUGCACAAGAAGGCCUGAGAACACUCUGCAUAGCUAAGAAGGUCUUAAGUGAAGAUGACUUUCAGAAAUGGGCCAACUUUCGUCGUGAAGCAGAAUCAGCUAUUGACAACCGAGAUGAGCUCUUAAUGGAGACAGCUCAACAUUUGGAGACUAAGCUCACUUUACUUGGAGCAACUGGGAUUGAAGAUCGGUUGCAAGAUGGGGUGCCAGAUACCAUUGCUGCUUUCAGAGAGGCUGGGAUCCAGAUGUGGGUGCUGACUGGAGAUAAACAGGAAACAGCGGUCAAUAUUGCGUAUUCCUGCAAACUUCUAAACCAAAGAGAUACUGUCUUUACCAUUAACACUGAAAGUAAGGAAACAUGUGAGUCACUGCUGGACAUCACUUUGGAAGAAGUUAAAAAAGCUCAUGCUGUUCCAAGAACAACAUGGAAUAUUUUUGGCAUUAAAAUGCCAUUUUCUUUGUCAACCACAGCAAUACCAGUUCCUGCUAUUGGACUGGUGGUUGAUGGGACAACUCUGAACAUCAUUUUCCAAGGACAACUUCAACACAAGUUUCUUGAACUAACCAAGUAUAGCCGCUCAGUAUUGUGCUGCCGGUGUACUCCCUUACAAAAAAGUAUGGUGGUCAAACUGGUCCGGGGUCAUCUAAAGGUUAUGACACUGGCAGUAGGUGAUGGUGCAAAUGAUGUAAGUAUGAUUCAGGCAGCUGAUGUUGGAAUUGGCAUAUCUGGACAAGAAGGUAUGCAGGUAUGUAUAAUAAAGGACAUGUGGAGUCUUUUUCCAUUUGGCAACUUCUGCAAAAUCAUUUAUCACUGGUGCGCAGUAUUUAUAGCAGAGAAUACUCUGUACAUAACAUAAACGUAAGUUAUCUUGAUAGCUAUCUGGCAUAAUACACUAUCAUCCAAGGUGAAAUGGUCCAUCCCCACAAUCAAUGAAAAUGACUAUAUCAUAUAUGGGGCCUGUGGCCCUCCAGAUAUGUUGGGCUGCAACUCCUAUAAGCCCCACCCAGCAAAGCCAGUACUCACAGACUGGAAGAGCUAUAUGUAUGCCAAAACAACUGGAGAGCCAAUGAUUCCUCACCCCAGCCUAUACACUUGUCUUGAUCAUUUAUUUAAGCCUAUAGCUACUCUCACAUUAAUGUAGACAGCUAGUAACAGUUUUGUGUUUUGUAAAUUAACACAAUCAUUACCUUAUGACAUGCAGAGAAGAGAUGUAGUUACAGCUCAUUAUUAAGACACUGAGUUGAAAUCCAGGCCUCUCUCAAGGCCAACGGUCUACUUGCAGGAUUGCAGCAGAUAAAAUAAAGGUGUCAUCAAGUAUUUCCCUCUAGAAUCUGGGACUUUAGGCCAUCUCUUCCCAAAUUAUUCUUAGUGUCUGAUUGGUAAUAAGAUAAUCUUGUCAUUGACUACACUGUUCUAUUGUACCCAGAAAGAUAAACUUCAA